AUGUCCCAACAGAAGACAAAUAUGAAGGGAUGGACUUGUGCCAUUCUGCUCCUUCUUGCUUUUACCACAUUGAUCUCGUAUUCCUUUGCGGAAACACUUCAAUCAGGAGUUAUUUGUAUUAGUAAUGAUGCUUCUUGGUGGCACGCCACUCUUCGUACGGGUAAACCAGAUCUACAAGUUGAACUCUUUUUGAAACUUCAAGGCUACAGUGAUGUUUCUCACAACUUUGUUGGUGGUAUUCAAUUUAAAGUCAUGGAAAAGUCGGGACCUGCUUUUGGAAGACAAUCGGCUAUUGCUGGUGUGGAAUUACACGGAGGAUAUUCUGUUGAUGAAGAGGCUGGUAACAUGACCAUCUCAUCUCUUGCUUGUACUGUUUUGGUGAACAGUAAUUACGGAAUGGAUAAUGCUGCUAUUUGUAACAAGUUCAGCAAUUUGUUUGCUUCUCACAAUUUGUUAUUUACUGCAAUUGGAGAUUGUGAUGGAGUUUCUCUCAACGGGUUUAGUUCUUCUUUUUAUAAGAAGGCUGUUUCAUUUAUGGCAUCUUCCGAUCCAGCAACAAUUUGUGAUUUCCGUGGAGCCAGUGCUGGUAAGGUUGACAAUUGGUGGUACACAAGCAACAAGAGAGUCUAUGAUUCAAAGAAUUCAGUGAGAGAAGACGUUUUCUUUAAAGUUGAUAGUGAUAAUAAGAAGUUUACCAUGUCACAAGUUGCAUAUUUGAAGGAAAGUGGUGUUGUUGACUGCAACGUGAACAAACUUAUUGCAACAUUCAAAGGAAACUUCUAUUUCAAUAACCAACUUUCUGUCAUUGUUGCCAAUCACACCGAAUGUCAAAUGAUUCAAGGUUCUGAUUAUCCUGGAUGCAAUUUGUGUACUAAUGGUCACAAUUUCUUCUUGAACGGUCCAGUUCAUUGGCUCUCAAAUUCUACCUGUACAAAUUGGAUCUAUGAAAGCGGAGCUCCAGAUAGUGGAGUUGAUGUUUUGGACUUUUCUUUCACUGUCACCACUCUGCAACCACCUACUUCUGAAUCUGAGGUUACCAUGCUCAUUAUUGCUAUUGCAAUCAUUGUUUGUAUUCUCGUCUUUUUGAUUCCUUUCAUAAUCAUUGUUUGGAGAGAUUGCAGAAGAUACAGAGAAGAAAAACUCAGAGGUGGUGCCCAACAACUCUAA